AUGAGCGCUCGUCGAUACAACUACUCUGAAAUUGAUGAGUUGAAUAGGAUUUUGACAGUUGAAAGAGAGCUGGUCCUAAAAACCCAAGAAAACUACCGUAUCCUCAAGGAGAAAUUUCUGGAAAUUUCCAGAGAAAAUGAAAAUUUAAAAAUCGAUCGAAAGAAGCUUCUAGAAGGAGAAGAGUCUCGAGAGAAAUUGCAAGAAUUGGAGACAAGAAGUGACGAAUUGAUCAAGAAAAUGAAACAAUCGAAUGAGGAAAGAGAAGUUCGCUAUGAAAAAUUUAAAGUGGAUACGAUUGAAGAGCUUCAGAAUGUGUAUAGAAAAGAGCUCCAAGACCAAAACCAACAAAUUGAGAAAUUGCGAGAAGAUCGUCGAGAUUUGAUUAAAGAAAACGACGAAUUGCUGGAAAAAAUAGUUGGAUUGAAUACGGAAAUCGAUGAUUUUAAGAGGAAAGAAAAGGGAAAAGAAGUGGAUAUGAGGAUGAAAUUUGACCAAAAAUUGAGAGAAUUAGUGCUGAGCAAUGACAAGCGGACGUCUCCAAGAUUCGAGCACAUGGAGCAACUGAUUGAAAAUUUGCAUUUGGAAAUUCAGAGAAAAGAAGAGAUAAUUUUGGAAAAAAAUCGAGAAUAUUCCACAGAGAUUUCCGAGAAAAAUCUGGAAAUCGAGGAAUUAAAACGAUCGGAAAAUUCGCUGAAAUUUCAAAUUCAACAUUUGGAUUCGACGAUUUUGAACCUCAACCAUCAAAUCCAAAAAAUCAAUUCCGAAUCCGAUCAAACUUCCGAAAUCAAUAUUUUGAAGCUGAAAAACGAUCAAUUCAUGAAAGAAAAUCUGGAAUUGGAACUGAAAUUUCGGCACGAUGAGCGAGAAUUUUCCAGGAAAUUGGGACAAUUGGAGCUACAAUUUUCAGUUCGAAUUUCAGAAUUUGAGAAGCUCUGUGAGCAAAAGGACAUGGAAAUUGAAGAUUUGAAAUCACAUCUGGAAACUUCUGAAAAAGUUCAAGAAUCUCUGAAAAUGUAUGAAAGAAAUCUUCAAAUCGAGGAAGAACACAGAGAACGUCUAGAGAUGGAAGUCAAAAGUUUGUAUGAAAAAUUACAAAAAUCUGGAGAAGAGAAAGAGGAAUUUGAGAAAAAUUUAAAGUUGGAAAGAGACAAGUUGGAGAUUUCGCUGGUUUCUAUGAAAAAAAAGCUGGAAAUGACUCCAGAAGCCCCGGAAAAUGUGGAAAAAUUGAGAAAGGAGCUGCGAGAAUCGGAACGACGACGACAAUCGGAAAAAGAAAAAUACCAAAAAAUAAUAUUGGAGCUCAAAGAUGCGCUGAAAAGGUUGGAGAAGAAUUAUCGAGAGGCUGUAGGACGAUUGCAGGAGACAAUUCCACAUUUUUGA